GCACGUUUGAGUGCAGACUGCGUUGAGACAACUUGAUACAGAGUAACAGUAAAUCAGACAGAGCUGCUCCUACAGCACCAGCAGUGAAAUUGUAACCCUGUUGCAAGUAUUUUUGGCCGCUGAUAGGACCGAGUGAGAUCACUGCGGUCUCUUUCCUCGGAUAGACUCACGAGUUGUUCGGCCAGAGCAACGCAGGGACCGUUUUAAGUCUCAUUUCUGCCCUAUCUUAAUUUUAUAUCACACUGGAAAUGUCCGAAAACAAGCCGAAUGAUGAACCGAAGUUAUCUACGACGGACAGGGUGGUGAAAUCUGUCCCCUUCCCCCCCAGUCACCGACUGACAGCUAAAGAGGUGUUUGACAGCGAUGGGAAGCCCAAAGUGGACGUGCUGAAAGCUCACCUAACCAAGGAGGGCCGUGUGGAUGAGGCGGUGGCGCUCAGGCUCAUAGGAGAGGGCGCCGCAAUCUUGCGUUCAGAGAAGAACCUGCUGGACAUUGAGGCUCCUGUGACAGUUUGCGGAGACAUCCACGGGCAGUUCUUUGACCUGAUGAAGCUGUUUGAAGUAGGAGGCUCACCAGCAUCCACGCGCUACCUUUUCCUGGGGGACUACGUUGACAGAGGGUAUUUCAGUAUUGAAUGUGUGCUGUACUUGUGGGCCUUGAAGAUCCUUUACCCCAAAACACUGUUUUUGCUGCGUGGGAAUCACGAAUGUCGACAUUUAACAGAGUAUUUCACAUUUAAGCAGGAAUGUAGAAUUAAGUAUUCAGAGAGGGUGUAUGACGCAUGUAUGGACGCCUUCGACUGCCUUCCCCUGGCUGCACUUAUGAACCAGCAGUUCCUGUGUGUACACGGAGGACUAUCUCCAGAAAUCACAAAUCUCGAUGACAUCAGGAAACUAGACAGAUUCAAAGAGCCCCCUGCAUACGGUCCAAUGUGUGAUCUGCUGUGGUCCGACCCCCUGGAGGAUUUUGGGAACGAGAAGAGCCAGGAGCACUUCACGCACAACACAGUGCGAGGCUGUUCCUAUUUCUACAGCUACCCUGCAGUCUGUGACUUUCUACAACACAAUAACUUAUUAUCUAUCAUCCGGGCCCAUGAAGCACAGGAUGCUGGAUACCGCAUGUACAGAAAGAGUCAGACCACUGGCUUCCCGUCCCUUAUCACCAUCUUCUCAGCACCUAACUAUCUAGAUGUCUACAACAACAAAGCGGCAGUGCUGAAGUACGAGAACAACGUGAUGAACAUACGACAGUUCAACUGCUCACCUCACCCCUACUGGCUGCCCAACUUCAUGGAUGUUUUCACCUGGUCCUUGCCCUUUGUUGGUGAGAAAGUGACGGAGAUGCUAGUGAACGUAUUGAGCAUUUGCUCCAAUGAUGAGCUGUCAACUGAAGAGGAGCUGGACGGACAGCUAAUAUAUCCCCCCAAAAAAGGUGCCACAGCUUCUGCACGUAAGGAGGUCAUCCGCAACAAGAUCCGUGCCAUUGGGAAGAUGGCCAGGGUAUUCUCUGUGCUCAGAGAGGAGAGUGAGAGCGUGCUGACGCUGAAGGGUCUGACGCCCACAGGCAUGCUACCAAGCGGAGUGCUGUCCGGAGGCAAAGAGAAGCUGCAGAAUGAAACUGCAGCUACUAUUGAAGCUAUUGAGGCUGACGAAGCAAUCAAAGGCUUCUCGCCUCAGCACAAGAUCACUAGCUUCGAAGAGGCCAAGGGCCUGGACCGCAUCAACGAGAGGAUGCCUCCGCGGCGAGACGCCCUGCCUUCUGACGCCAGCCUCAACUCUCUCAACAAGGCCCUGUCCUCGGAGACCAACGGCACAGAUGCCAAGGGGAGCACCAGCAGCGGCAGCAACAUCCAGUGAAGGCCCAGCAGCAAGGCGCCACCUUGGCCGACGGGGCUGCCUCGCCCCCCAGCCUCAUCGCGACCCGCCACCACAGAAAAGGGGCAGAGGGUGAAGGUGUGGGAUGGAGGAGGAGAAGGAGUGAUGGAAUGUGGAGGGGGGAGGCAUCUAUGGCUCAUAACGGGGGGACAUCUCACUUGCUAGUCUUUGGAUAUGCCUUCAAAAUAUUAGUUCAUAGUCAAAUCUGCUAAGUUAUUGCCAGGUCACAUUUCUGAAGGGUCAGGCCGUAACCGCGCUUGAUUCACCUCCACACCACAGUAUGUCAGAGAGGGAGAGAACGAUGGGGGAGAGAAAGAGAGAUCGAGAUCUUAAAGGUGAUUCAGUUUCUUGUUUUUCUUUUUUUUUUCUUUCUUGAAAGACCCUUGCUCAUUUACACCGAAACGGAAAGUCGUUUAACUUCUUACUAACUAUCGUACGUUUACAAAAAUACAGCACUAAAAAGGACAGAACAUGAGAUAAUGUUUUUAACAUAUAAGGGUGUACAAACUAAAUAAGGACUAUUUAUUGAUAACUUUUUGUUUUGCUACUCUUAUAAAAUAGCUCUGAAAUUAAUUAGGCAGUCUUAAAAAAAAAAAAAAGAAUGUUGCAAUGUUGUGGAAAUGCCAAAUAAUGGAACGUUUUAUGGUUUUGUACAUAUUAUGCUUACCUCAGGUUCUUUUGGUGUGUGCUUUGACCUGAUUUUUCUGUAUAAUGGCUAAAUAACUCAGUAAUGAAUACCUAUUUUCUUGAGUUUCAUAACUGGAAUUUACACUUAACCUAUCUAUCAUUUGCAGAUAUGUUUAUUUUUUGUCUCUUUUGGAAGGGGGGAGGGGGGGAGGGUAGAUUUAUUGUGGCUUGCUGGAAAUGAGUGUUAUUUUUUUUUUCUCUUUUUAAGUAUUGCGAACAAAGUAAAAAUAGAGAAACUAUAUUGUGUAAAAAAGAAAAGGAAAAAAGAAUACAAUAAAGUGUCUGCCUAUGCAUGUUUUAUAAAAAAAAAAUCAAACAAAAGGAAAUAGAACAUCUGAAAACUUUGGCUGUGGAGGCCUGUUUUGAAAUAUAUUGCGCUUUAGUGAACAUAUACUGGAAACGUAUAACUGCAUACUUUCAAUUAACACCAUGAUGCUCUAUGCCUUCUUUUUUUGUAAUUGAAGCAUUUAAUUAUCUAUGAUGGAUGAGAAAUGAAAUUUUUAACCUGCGCUUGUAAGUGCACACAGUCCAAUUAAGCAUGUUUGACAAUUCUUGUGAGGUGUGUGGUUACAUGUGGAACUCCAAAAUGCAUGAUUAGCUGUUUGUGUCAUAUAACAGGUGAAUCGGUUUUGUUUUGUUUUUGUAAAUGUGCCACAGAAAGUGUAAUUUGAUUAUUAUUAUUAUUAUUAUGACUAUUAUUUGGACCUCUGCUUUGUAUAUCAGUUACAGGUUUGAUACUGCUCAAUACUUUAAGAUGAAACGAGGAAAAAACAAACUUAGAUCUUUUUUAAGAACUGCUUUAAGUGCCCAAGUAAUUCACUACACGACAUGAAGCCUUGCUUUUGUAAUUUAACUUCAAAACUGUUGGCAGAUGAGGCAUGCACUUGCAACUAUGAAAAGUAUUUUAUAUAACUGUUCAAUAAAAAUGUGCAUGAAUUUCAACUUGAAA